AAAGACAAUAAGGCUUGGGAGGGACUUGACGUUGACCCGAUCUUCAAGCGCGGCGUGAGCGCAUUCUGGCAGAGCUUUUACUACGUGAGAAUCCUUUGCCGAUCACUACUUAAAGAACCCUCGGCCCGCGCGGAAUUCGGACCAAGUAUCCGAUGUGAAAUACUGGGGAAUGCCGAUGAGAAAUACGGCCGCGGCCGCAGCUCCUGGUACUGUCGCAAGCACCCCACGCGGGGCUUGGCGCAUAAUUUACCAAAGGAACCUGCGUGCGGUUUUCUGAUGGCGGCCGACCUGAUAGAGGCGGUUCCGAUCGAUCUCUGGCUCCUCGACGACGUUGGCCUUUUGCGCGAGAUUGCCGCGGCCGCGGAAAGGGCCAGAAACGAGGCCGUAGAAACGAUUGAGGCCGAGUUUGUGGACGGGGAUAAUGAGGAUGAGGAGUACGACGAGACCCUACAAGAAUACACGCGUGGAUACAACGUGCCCUACCGUAUUAUGAACGUCAUUGCGGAUAUUCAAGCACUGAAAUUGCAACAAGCGCAAGUAGGUGGAGCUCCUGCGCAAGAACAGGCCACAGAUGAUGUUGACGUGGUUCUUGCAGAUAGGCUUUCUUCAGGAGUUGUAGACCCUGUGGGUCCUGAGGUGUAGCUCAUUUGUUCUUGCGCACACGAAUUUUAUGUCAACAAGGAAAUAAUAUUAAGCUCUCGCUCCGUGAUAGUUCCCCUUCCCGAUGUUUUUAAUGCAUUAAGUAAUGGCUG